UUAUUUAAAAUUCUUAUCAAUGAUGGUAGUACAUAUAAUCGUAAUCCAUUUCGACGAAUAUAUAAUAUGUCUAAUCAACCAAGUGUUUCUCUUGUUGUUCGUCGAACUCAUUUAUAUGAAGAUGGUUUUGAGAAAUUAUCCAAAGAAAAUGCACCCAAUUUACGUCAACGUUUAAAAGUGACCUUUUUAAAUCCAACUGGUUUAGCUGAAGUUGGUAUUGAUGGUGGUGGUUUAUCAAGAGAAUUUCUUACUGAAAUUAUUCGUGCUGGUUUUGAUCCAACUAGAGGUUUUUUUGUUUAUGCAUCAGAUAAAACUUUAUAUCCAAAUCCACAAGCAUCUGCAAUUACAUUGGAUUAUUUAAAGCAUUAUUAUUUCUUAGGAAGAAUUUUAGCAAAGGCAAUUUACGAAGGUGUGCUUGUCGAACUUCAGUUCGCUUAUUUCUUCUUGGCGAAAAUUGUUAGUCGAAGUGGCGGUGGCGGAGUCGGCUUUGAUUAUCUACAUUCACUUGAUCCUCAAUUGUAUAAACAAUUAUUAUUUUUAAAAAAUUACAAAGGGGAUGUACGAGAUUUAUCGUUAGAUUUCACUAUGGUUCAAUCAAUUUUUGGUCAAUCUGAAACGAUCGAAUUGAAACCAGGUGGUAAACAUAUACCAGUUACUGAAGAAAAUCGUGUUGAAUAUGUACAUUUAAUUGCGAAUUAUAAAUUAAAUAAAAUGAUUUAUCCACAAGUACGAGCUUUUACUGCUGGAUUAAAUGAUGUCAUACCAAUUGAUUGGGUACGUCUUUUUGAUGCAGAAGAAUUACAAACUCUUAUAUCUGGAGCAGAUAUGGUAAUCGAUGUGAAUGAUUUAAAACAGCAUACAUUCUACAUUGGAAAUUCAUUAAAUUAUACUGAAACAUUAGAUUGUUUUUGGUCAGUAUUACAUAAUUUUUCAGAAUCUGAUAAACGUUCAUUUUUACGUUUUGUUACUGCAUGUUCACGUCCACCAAUGUUUGGUUUUCGUGAAUUACAACCACCAUUUUCAAUACAAAUUACUGAUGAAAUUGAACGUUUACCAACUGCAAGUACAUGUACAAAUUUAUUAAAAUUACCUAAUUUUCGUAAUAUAAAAUUAUUACGUGAACGUUUAUUAUAUGCAUUAAAUGCAAAUGCUGGUUUUGAAUAUGGUUAAAUUCAAUCAAGUAAAGUGAUGAUGUUUGUUUAAUUGUUUACUUACUUACUUGUUUGUUUAUUUUUCCUUUGUAAACAUUCAUGUAUCCAUUCACUUAUCAUGUUGAUAUUUUCUUAAAUUUAUCAAUUGAGUAGAAGAUUUCGCUUUUUUUUCGGUUUUUUUUAUAUAAAAAUUUCUACUAACAUUAUCAAUACUACUGUAUACUUAAGUAGUAGUACUACUACUACUACUA